AUGGCCAUACGCUCCAGCUUCACUUCUCCUGCUCCCGAGAACAUUGGCUCAGUAGGGACCCUACUCUGUGGGUCUCAGACCCAGCACUUACUAUGUCUCUGCCACCACGUGGCAGGCCAGGGCAGCAAUUUCCGCAGACCCCAGAGGGUUCUGGACAGGAGCGCCAGCAAUGCCUCACCACCCUCUCCACUGGGCCAUUCUACCCCUGGGCAUCUCCCCCUCCGUCCCUGCGAAGACCGUCCCCCACGCUGCCAGUCCAGAGUCCAGCCGCAGGCCUCGAGCAUCCUGCUUGAUGCUCUCUGGCACGCUUUGAUUGAGCCAUGCGCGGGAGGAGCUGACGGCACACGCUGGCACUGCCAGGGCUUCGCGGCUUUCGGCCGCGACCGGAGCCGUCUGCGGGCCACCCUCCCCUGGCCGGUUCCGGCUCGGUGGUGCAGUGAGCGCUCGGGCGUCUUCUCGAGUGAGCAUGGGAACUGCUCCCACAUCGGGCCGCCUUUCCCCACACCUCUUGGUAAGGUCUUUAGAGGGCGGACUUAUCUCCGAAGCCUGGCCUCAUUCACCAACCCUUUCAAGGAGAGCUUUUUGGUCUUGGUGAACCCAAAUGGGCUCUGUCCUAUCGCUGGCUCCCAGGUGCCCAUGUGCUGCGCCGGCUGGAGGCAGCAGGGAGACGAGUGUGGGAUCGCGGUGUGCGAAGGCAACUCCACGUGCUCGGAGAACGAAGUGUGCGUGCGGCCGGGCGAGUGCCGCUGCCGUCACGGCUACUUCGGUGCCAACUGCGACACCAAGUGCCCGCGUCAGUUCUGGGGCCCCGACUGCAAGGAGCUGUGUAGCUGCCACCCACACGGGCAGUGCGAGGACGUGACGGGCCAGUGUACGUGCCACGCGCGGCGCUGGGGCGUUCGCUGUGAGCAUGCGUGCCAGUGCCAGCACGGCGCGUGCCACCCGCGGAGCGGCACCUGCCGCUGCGAGCCUGGCUGGUGGGGCGCGCAGUGCGCCAGCGCGUGCUACUGCAGCGCCACGUCUCGCUGCGACCCGCAGACCGGCGCCUGCCUGUGCCACGCAGGCUGGUGGGGGCGCAGCUGCAACAACCAGUGUGCCUGCAACUCGUCGCCCUGCGAGCAGCAGAGCGGCCGCUGUCAGUGCCGCGAGCGCACAUUUGGCGCGCGCUGCGAUCGCUACUGCCAGUGCUUCCGCGGCCGCUGCCACCCUGUGGACGGCACGUGCGCCUGCGAGCCCGGCUACCGCGGCAAGUACUGUCGUGAGCCGUGCCCCGCCGGCUUCUACGGCUUGGGCUGUCGCCGCCGGUGCUGCAGUCACCGCUGCCCGCCGUGCCGCGACGGGCAUGCCUGCAACCACGUCACCGGCAAGUGCACUCGCUGCAACGCGGGCUGGAUCGGCGACCGGUGUGAGACCAAGUGCAGCAAUGGCACUUACGGCGAGGAUUGCGCCUUCGUGUGCGCCGACUGCGGCAGUGGCCACUGCGACUUCCAGUCGGGGCGCUGCCUGUGCAGCCCUGGCGUCCACGGACCCCACUGUAACGUGACUUGCCCGCCCGGGCUCCAUGGCGUGGAUUGCGCCCAGGCCUGCCGCUGCCACGAGGACUCGUGCGACCCGGUCACUGGUGCCUGCCGCCUGGAGACCAACCAGCGCAAGGGCGUGAUGGGUGCGGGCGCACUGCUCGUUCUGCUCCUGGGCCUACUGCUCUCGCUGCUCGGCUGCUGCUGCGCUUGCCGUGGCAGGGACCCCACCCACAGGGAGCUCUCGUUUGGGAGGAAGAAGGCGCCGCAGCGGCUCUGCGGGCGCUUCAGUCGGAUCAGCAUGAAGCUGCCCCGGAUCCCGCUCCGCAGGCAAAAACUGCCCAAAGUCGUAGUGGCCCAUCACGACCUGGAUAACACACUCAACUGUAGCUUCCUGGAGCCACCCUCAGGGCUGGAGCAGCCCUCACCAUCCUGGUCCUCCCGGGCUUCCUUCUCCUCCUUUGACACCACCGAUGAAGGCCCUGUGUACUGUGUACCCCAUGAGGAGGCAGCAGCCGAGAGCCGGGACCCGGAGGUCUCCACCGCUGCGUUACGGAGCGCUCCCAUCAGCCUGUGUCCCACUGGCCAAGGACAGAGGGUGCUGCCUGGAGACCGCCUCCUACUGGCCACGGGUGCCCCGGGUUGA